AUGAUUCACAAGAAGUGUCGUGUUACCGAUGCUCCUUAUUUACGAAGUAAUGGCGUCUACCGCUUUAAUGUACCAGACGAAAAAGUUCCUUGGGCAGUAGAGUUUCCUGACUACAAUCCUCCAGAUUACACAGAUCCAAGUACACUAUCCAGAAAAUGGGCAGACCCCGAACCUACAUCUGGCGAGUUUAAGUGGAAUUCCAUGGACGGGAAAAUCAACCGCGUUUCCUUUGUGUGUGAUUACUCCCUGGACACUUCUUCACGGCCAAUAAAUCCAAUGGGAAGAACUGGACUUCGCGGCAGAGGUGUCUUAGGAAGGUGGGGUCCAAAUCACGCAGCUGACCCCUUAGUUACGAGAUUGAAAAAUGGAAAGUUGCAGUUUGUGGCCAUAAAACGUGGUGACACAGGUGAGUGGGCCAUACCUGGUGGAAUGGUAGAUGCCGGUGAACAAGUCUCAGAAACGCUGAAAAGGGAAUUUUCUGAAGAAACUUUGGGUGGUAAAGUACGCUCUGAACUGGAGCAGCUUUGGAAAAAAGGACGCGAAUUGUAUAGAGGUUAUGUCGAUGACCACAGGAAUACGGAUAAUGCCUGGAUGGAAACUACGUGUGUAAACUUCCACGACGCCAGUGGUCUUCUUGACAAAGUGGAGCUACAGGCUGGAGAUGAUGCUGUUAAUGUCAGAUGGAUCAAUGUCGACUCCAAUGAGCCCUUAUAUGCAUCACAUACAGAUUUCAUUGCGUUGUUGAAAAAAAUUAUGUCACGUCGUGCUCCUCCACCGAUCGAUGGACUCUAUUCCUUAAAGGUUGACAACAUCUCCUACAACACAACCCAGGCCGAUUUGCGAAGGAUGUUUGAUAAAUAUGGUGAAAUCGGAGAUAUCCACAUACCUAGAGAUAAAUAUACUCGUCAGAGCAAAGGUUUUGGAUUUGUGCGCUUUUAUAGCCGUCGUGAUGCUGAAUAUGCAAUGGAUCGAACGGAUGGACGUUGGGUAGAAGGUCGUGAAAUUCGUGUUGCUAUGGCACGAUAUGAACGACCAAUUGAUGAGAGAGGAGCUUAUACAAGGCGUGGAAGAUCACGCUCACGUUCUCCUCGUCGUCGCAGCCGCAGCCGUUCACCCCGUCGUUCGAGGUCCCGCUCGCCCCGCAGUAGGAGCCGCAGUGGUUCGCCACGUCGUAGCAGAACUCGCAGUGGAAGUCCCAGGAACGAUCGUCGAUCAGCGUCCCCUAACGGCAAGGAUGCAUCCCCUGAACGAGACGGCUCAGAACACAGAUCCAAAAGUGGCACUCACUCGCGCUCUGUCAGCCCUCGCGAUCGCGACUAG